UAGCCUAUAUGCUUCAUUAAGCUCUUUGUUAGGAUUAAAAGUUUUCAUCUUGUUCGUCUUCUUCAUCCUCUUACUUGCUUUCUAGCUCUAGAUGUUUAUAUCUCUAGAGCUUCUAUGAGAGCAGAUUAAGUUCCUUUUUUUCUCUUUCUCUCUCUCUCUCUUUGCCUUGCUCUUCUUUGUGAUUGUUGUAUGGCAAAUCCUCGUGCGACCCGUUUCAAGAUGCCUACUACUUCAGAGACCUCGAAGGAAAACCCUUCCUCUAACUUGAGUGACGCAAAUCUCACGUCAAAAACCGAACUGCCCUGGACUGACAUUCUCGCAAGCCUAGCCCAGAAAGCAUCAGUCUAUGGAGUCGCUAUCGGCUACUGCCUAUCCGCCUCACUUCUUUCCAUUAUCAACAAAUGGGCAGUAAUGAAAUUUCCCUACCCAGGUGCCUUAACUGCCCUCCAAUACCUAACCAGCGUUCUUGGAGUUCUCAUAUGCGGACAGCUAAGGCUCAUAGAACAUGAUUCCCUUAAUCUACGAACGAUGUGGAAGUUCUUACCCGCUGCUGUGAUGUUCUACAUUUCGAUUUUCACAAACAGUGAGCUCCUCCUCCAUGCCAAUGUUGACACAUUCAUCGUGUUCCGUUCUGCUGUCCCCAUUUUCGUGGCCAUCGGAGAGACUCUCUACCUUCACCAGCCGUGGCCCUCAUUUAAGACAUGGGUCUCUUUAUCCACUAUCUUAGGAGGCAGUGUGAUCUAUGUUCUCACCGAUUACCAAUUCACUGUGACGGCUUAUAGCUGGGCGGUGGCUUAUCUCGUCAGCAUGUCGAUCGACUUUGUGUAUAUCAAGCACGUGGUGAUGACCAUCGGGCUUAACACGUGGGGGCUUGUGCUAUACAACAAUUUGGAAGCACUUCUGCUUUUCCCACUAGAGCUUCUUAUAAUGGGGGAGUGGGACAAGAUGAAGGACGAUAGUGCCAAAGUUGCAAAUUGGUAUUCUUUUGAGGUGAUAUUGCCUGUGGGCCUUUCGUGCUUGUUUGGCUUGUCGAUUUCUUUCUUUGGGUUUUCAUGCAGAAGGGCUAUUUCGGCCACGGGCUUCACCGUGCUCGGGAUAGUGAAUAAGCUUCUAACGGUCGUGAUUAACUUGGUCAUUUGGGAUAAGCAUGCUUCCUUGGUGGGCACCAUCGGGUUGCUUAUAUGCAUGUCCGGGGGCGUUCUAUACCAGCAAUCGACUACCAAACCAAAAGCACCGAAGGUUGAAGCAAAAGCCGAAGCUGAUGAUGAGGAGCAGCAGAAGCUGCUUCAGAUGCAGUCGAGCGGAGAAGCUGAUUCGACUAAGAAGCUCGGUGUUGUUUCUGAAAGCCCCAAGUGAUGGUUUCCUAUGAGGGAUUUAAUCCAUUUUUCAGCUUCUCAGCGUGCGAUUCUUUGAGGGUCAUCUCAUCUGUUUUUCGAUUCUUUCAAACGUCGAGAUGUAUUUCUUACAGGAAAUAUUAUAGAAGAAGAUUAUCUUCGAACUACACAGGUAAAAUUUGAUGGAGAAUACGAAAGAUCGAAAUGUUAGUGAUAAGUUACACGAUAAUAAUUGUCUCUUUAGUUUUUGCUGAAAGUUGUAUUAGUAGAUUGAGAUCUCUUCUCAGAUAUAUUUUCAUAUACGAAAGCUGUUGCCUAUUCAUAAAGUGAAAAUUUCCUUUUGUCAGAUAAUAGUAUGGUUGCAUUAUUGGUAAAA